AUGCAUAGUUCACAGGGAAUAAAAAUAAAUUUCAGAAACUCUUAUAUUCGAGUUAUACUCUAUUAUAAACUCAGAAAUUCAAUCUAUAUCCUAAAUGAUUGUUCAUUCAUAAAUUAUUAUCGCACUAAUUCUUUCAUUACUUCAUACAAGAUAAUGUUACCGCUAAGAGUAUGGUCUGUGCCUGUAGUGAAUCAAUAA